AUGUCGGGGCCGCGCUGCCCGCAGUGCGCCCAGCCCUGCGCGUCGCCGCGGCUGCUGCCCUGCCUGCACUCGCUGUGCGAGCCCUGCCUGCGCCGGCUCGGGCCGCCGGAGGGGCCGCCGGGCGCCGCCCGCCCCGUCCUGUGCCCGGUGUGCGACGCCGAGCUGUCGCUGCCGGCCGGCGGCGUGGGGCAGCUCCCCCCCGACUGCCUGGCCCGGAGCCGCGGCCGGGCCGCCGGGUGCGACCUCUGCGCCGACGGGGCGGCGGCCGGGCGGUGCCUGACCUGCGGCCUCCGCCUGUGCCGCUUCUGCUGCCGGGCGCACAGGAGACAGAAGAAAACGGCCUCCCAUGCUGUGACAGAGCUGGAGAGCACCAAGGAUUGCAGCCAGGCCGGGCAGCCUGUCCUGUGCCCCUCCCAUCCCGCGGAGGAGCUGCAGCUGUUCUGCGAGCAGUGUGACCAGCCCGUGUGCCGGCACUGCGUGCUGGGCAGGCACCGCCAUCACCCCUGUGACCUCGCCAGCAAUGUCAUCCACCGGCACGGGGACGCCCUGCGGGAGCUGCUGCAGAGCAGCCAGCGGCACUUGGACACGCUGGGGGAUGCGCUGAGCCAGGUCGAUGAGAUGGGCGGCGCUGUCCGCAGCCGCGCAGAGGCUGUGGCCGCGGAGAUCUGCCUCUUCGCCAGGGGCUACGUGAAAGCCAUUGAGGAGCACCGGGACCGGCUGCUGAAGCAGCUGGAGGACUUGAAGGUGCAGAAGGAAAACCUGCUGCACUUGCAGAAGGCGCAGCUGCAGCAGCUGCUGCUGGACAUGAGGACAGGCGUGGAGUUCACGGAGCACCUCCUGAUGAGCGGCUCAGAUGUGGAGAUCCUGGUGUCCAAAGGGGUGGUGUCCAGCCGUCUGACGCAGCUCAACAGCGUUGCCUACAGCACCCACCCCAGCGUGGAUGACAGGAUCCACUUCUCCCCCCACGAGAGGGCAGGGCAGUGCUGUGGCUAUGAAGUUUUUGGGGCCAUUCUCAAUAAAGUGGUGGAUCCAGCCAGAUGUACCCUGCAUGGGGAAGAUCUCCACAGUGCCCGUCAGAGCCAGCUGAGUGGCUUUACCCUGCUGUGCAGGGACACUGCAGGGGAGCGCUUGGGGCGGGGAGGAGAGGCUGUGCACGUCACCAUCACCCACAGGGACAAGAGCCACUGUGCAGUCAAGCCAACAGUGUGUGAUAAUGGUGAUGGGACCUACUGUAUUUCCUACAGCCCUGAGGAGCCAGGCUUGUAUGCUGUCUGCGUCUGUGUGAAAGGGCAACAUGUGCAGGGCUCUCCCUUCACUCUGACGGUGAAGCCCAAGUUCCGUGAGCACCAGGGGGUGUUUCACUGCUGCACCUUCUGCUCCAGCGGAGGCCAGAAAGCCGCUCGCUGUGCCUGUGGUGGCACCAUGCCAGGUGGGUACCAAGGCUGUGGCCACGGACACAAAGGUCACCCUGGCUGCCACCACUGGUCAUGCUGUGGACAAGUGAAGGAGAGCUCAGAGUGUUUGUGUGGGCUCCCCAGUGACACCUCACAGAGGAGUUUGCUCAGGACCGUGGCACUCUGAGCAGCCAGGUGAGCUCCUGGGAGUGCGGGGCACUGCUGCUGGCUGCUCCAGGAGCACAGAUGAUCCAUGAGGAUCCAUAUGAUUUAUCCCUGCACAGCCUUGCUGCCAGCAAACAGCAUGAUGGGUGUGAGUUGA